CAACCAAAUCGAUUUUCUACAAAUCCAGUGAAGAAGAAGAAGAAGAAGAAGAUGAUGAGCAGCUCCUCCGACGAAUGUGGUAAUUACAGAAACAACGACGAAGCAGCAGCGUCGUCGUCGCAGAACAAGUACAAAGGAAUCCGUCGCCGGAAAUGGGGGAAGUGGGUGUCGGAGAUCAGGGUACCGGGGACGCCGGAGCGGCUGUGGUUGGGAUCAUACGCCACACCGGAGGCGGCGGCGGUGGCACACGACGUGGCUUUCUACUGCCUAAGAGGCAACUCGUCGCCGAAGAAUCUGAACUUUCCGUUGGUGUUGCCCGCCGGAGCGAGGGUGGGAAUGUCGCCGCGGUCGGUGCAGAAGGCGGCGUCGGACGCCGGAUUGGCGAUUGAUGCGCGGCUGUCGGAUGGAAAAUCGUCGCAGAGAAGAAGUGGUGAAGAAUACCUGGAUAUUUCUGUGGAAGAUUAUCUAUAAUUAAUUAAUUAAUUAAUUACGCAAAGCUCUGUUUUUUUCUUUCUUCUUUAAUCUGUCUUUAAAUGGUCAGACAGUUUAUGUUGGAGUUGGUUUUUGGUGCGCACAACUAAGUUAUUGCACGCCCUAUAAAUAUAUUUUUAGUUAUUAUUA